UAGUUGUGAUUUACCUAUUGAACGAAAUUAUUACUCAUGUUGGUUAAAAGAAGUUGAUUUAUGCUAUUGGUGUGGAGCAAAAGAUGGUAUUAUUGAACCAUCUAAUGAAUUAAAAUCACAGUUUAAGAUAUUUUACCCACUUUGUAUUUCAUGUCAUACUAAUGGCCGUGAAUGGUUUACUCGAGCACCAAUUGUAUUUCAAAACAAAAACAAAAAAAUUCAUGUUUAA